AUGUCGGAUGAUGCUGCUGGCCUCUGGACUCCCUUGUCUGUGCCCCUGCUCCAGAGCCCACAGUGUGGGCAGCUCACGCUUCUUGCAGGGCCUUUCGUGGUGACCAGAGAGCAGCCUCUGGGCACUGUCACAGAAAACUGCCCCUUCCCUCCCGUCGGCCCUGGGCAGAGCCUGUUCCGCCUUCCUCAGCUGCUGCUGCUGCUUCAGUCGGCGCUGGUCCCCUCGGCUCGAGGGGCCUGGACACCCUGGAGGCUGUCAUCCGAGGUUCCUGUGGGGCCCGUCAUGAGCUUUGGUGAGAGCUUCCAGAGCCUGCUGAGGAACGGCCUCGGGCCCGAGACCCGGCCUUCACCACAACGUUCUCGGCCCCAGGUUGCGAGGGCCCUGCGGGCUUGGGGCAGCACCUUCCUGGGCCUCUGUGUGCAGCGCAAACAGCCCUACAAUGUGCGGAUGGUGUCGUGCCAGGGUGGUACCUGCUGCACCCUGCAGGACGCAGAGGCUCCGGUGGACUCAGAGGUCAGAGGGGAGGGGUGGGAAGACCUUCCGUCAUCUCCUGCAUCGCGCAGUGAUCGAGCCAGACAAGCCCAGAGUGUCCGUGCCGCUCUGCCCAGCGCUCAGGGACUUCUGGGAUUGAGUCCCGAGAGGACAGGGUCAGUCCUACCUCGAGGGGGAGCACAGAGAAGGCUACACCACUGCCCAGCUACACAGGCCCAGGAGCUAGGACACUGCGAAGACCUGCCGAGAGCAGAGGGCCACACCACAGGACAGGCGGAGCCUCCCCCACAGGCCUGCUGGCUCCGUCGUCCUCGCUUUUGCACUCGGGGAGCGUGGCUUGGAUUCCCGCCAGGCAACCUUGCACACAGCUCCACCCAACAGAGGCUGUGCUUUUUGACUGGAACCGUGAACCAAGCUCCUGACCAACGCGGCCCACCUGCCCUCCGAGCCAGAAGUUGGUGCUCAGCAGCAGGUCAUCAGCCAGGCAGGCCCAGGGUAAAAACCCGGAGUGUCUCUCCAGCCUCAAGGAAAUCCUCUCUUCUCUGCUUUUUGGCACGAUCCGGAGGUGCGCCACACCCGCUGCGGGCCCUCCCCUCCUCGGACGUCGUGUGCACCAGCUCCCCUGUACGCCAGCGCAGUCGCACACGCCUGUAAUCCCAGUGCCUUGGGAGGCUGAGGCCGGAGGAUGGCAUGUUCAGCCACCAGGGCACGCCUAGCCCCUCCACACGACAGGAUGGCCACCGUCAAAAUCACG